AUGCCGUUCUCCCCUUCUUACGACGUACUCAUCGUUGGUGCCGGUGUAGCAGGGCCGGCCCUUGCCCAUGCCCUCGCCACAAAGACAUAUGCCAAGCGUGCCGCUCCUUUGCGGAUAGCUCUACUCGAGCGGUCCUUGUCAAAGCCAGACCGUAUUGUCGCUGAAUUGCUCCAGCCUGGCGGCGUUACUGCGCUUAAACAGCUUGGUCUGGAGUCAUGCCUUGCGGAUGUUGGCUCCGUUUCUUUGUCAGGUUAUUACGUUCUACGACAGGAGAAUGGCGUUUGCGCCUCAUUCCCUCAAGGCCAUGAUGCCCGAGCUUUCGACCAUGGGGCAUUUAUCAUGGCCUUGCGCGACCGCGCACGGCGUGCGCCCAAUGUUGACGUGAUUGAGACCACAGUAGCCGGUCUUAUCGAGAGCGAGGACACACAUCGCGUAAUAGGUGUUCGCGCCUCCAAAGCGGGUGGUCAGCUAGAGUCAUAUUAUGCUGAUCUCGUCGUUCUCGCGGAUGGUUCCUCAUCCAAGUUUAGAACUGCCGUCCUCGGGAACAUGCCGUAUGAGCCUGUGCAAAAGGGUUACUUGGCAGGUCUGAUUGUGAAAGACCUGAAGUUGCCGAUGCCCAAGUAUGCUACCAUGAUCGUCCUGAAAGGCGCCGGACCG